UGAGUUUCCGAUCAGCUCAAUCCAGGAUUAGUUCACUGACGGAGAUGGUGCUGACCCUUUGCCAAAUCGGGCCUUACAGCUACACCCACUUAGCCUGCUGGACAAACAACUGAGAGAUGGAAGCAUUCAUUGAAAAUUUUCCCUGGCAAGACGGCCCCUGGAACCAGGACCAGGUUGAGAGCAGAAAGUCAUUACUUCAAAACCUGCUUUUAACAUUUGCUGCUCCUAUUGUGCAAGGUUACUAGGACAUUGCUGUGUUUACUGUAUGGAGUAUUUAUAACAGCAGAUCAAGAGACUCCUGAGGCAAAUUCCUCCCGGGGAAUGUUUCCGCUGUUCUCGGGGGGACAAGCGGAGCAAUUACACAGUCUGUCUGAAUCGAGGAGGGAGCACUGUGUUAACCACAAAGUGCACGUAAAGCUAAAAAAACCCACCGUUUCUGCUUUCAGGGGACGUAAGCGGGUGCAAGCCAGAGAGAUAAACUGGUCUCCCAUUGGCAGGUCCCUGGAUGCUCCGCGGCGAACUGUCCUCGGCCGCCCAGUUCUUCCCAAUGGCCGGGAGUUGACCAAGCCCACCAAGAUGACGCUGCGCGAGCAGCUGAGAGAGAAGAUUUCGGCGGCCUUCUACCGCCACGGGCUGCUGUGUGCCUCCUAUCCAGUACCCAUCAUCCUCUUCACCUCGGCCAGCAUCCUCACCUGCUGCUAUCCGUUAUUGAGGCUCCCCUUGCCUGGGACGGGUCCUGUGGAGUUCACCACAGGGCUGCGAGACUACAGCGUUCCUUUCCAUGAGCCUCAGGGUGACUUUGGAGAGCGCCCUGAUUGGUACCGGGGUCCUCCGGUCGCCUACAUCCAGCAGGUGUUGGUAAAGGCAGCAGUGUCUCCAUGGGACAACAGCCUGGUGCCGGUGGAUGUCUUUCGGUCGCCUCUUGGCCGAGUCUUCAAUCUGCUGGAAGAGAUCCGCAACCACGUUCACUCCGACAGCUCCGGCAUUCGCAGUCUGGAGUCUUUGUGUCUCCAGGUGACAGACCUGUUUCCAGGGUUACGGCGGAUGCAGUCGGUGCUGCCAGAGCAUGGCUGCCUUCUUGUUUCUCCUGGCAACUACUGGCAGAACCAACGGGAGCUGUUUGACUCGGACCCUGACCCCUUCAAGACCAUCCAGAAACAUGAACCGAAAGGCUUGCACACCUCAGCGACAUUGCGAGACUUGCUGUUCGGGGUUCCUGUGAAGUACUCGGGGGUCAGUCACUACAACAGGAAGAGGGUAGUGACGUACACAAUCACUGUAGUUCUAUCCAGUUAUGAUGCAAGGUUCCUAGGCAGCCUACGGGCCCGCCUGAAGCAGCUUCACCCAUCCGCCAACUGCACCCUCAGAGAUGACCACAUGGUUCACGUCCACUUCAAAGAGGAGAUCGGCAUUGCCGAACUCAUCCCCCUCGUCACCACAUACAUCAUUCUGUUUGCCUACAUCUACUUCUCUACACGUAAGAUCGACAUGGUGAAAUCUAAGUGGGGCCUGGCUCUGGCUGCUGUGGUCACAGUGCUCAGCUCUCUGCUCAUGUCUGUGGGUCUGUGUACACUGUUUGGACUGACACCCACACUUAAUGGAGGUGAGAUCUUCCCUUAUCUGGUGGUGGUAAUCGGGCUGGAGAACGUCUUGGUGCUCACCAAGUCUGUGGUUUCCACCCCUGUCGACCUCGAGGUCAAACUGCGCAUAGCUCAAGGCCUUAGUAAUGAGAGCUGGUCUAUCAUGAAGAAUAUGGCCACUGAGCUGUGCAUUAUCCUCAUCGGAUAUUUCACUCUUGUGCCAGCUAUCCAGGAAUUCUGUUUAUUUGCUGUUGUGGGGCUGGUGUCUGACUUCUUCCUGCAGAUGUUUUUCUUCACCACUGUGCUAUCUAUAGACAUUCGCCGCAUGGAGCUGGCUGACCUGAACCGCCGCCUGCCAGCGGAAGCAGGUAUGCCUCCACCCAAGCCAGGCCCCCUGCGUACACGUGAGGUACCCCCUCCACCACGACCCUCUCCGCAUACAAUCACUCUGCAGACCCCAGCCUUUAGAAACUUGAGGCUCCCCAAGAGGCUGCGUGUGGUGUACUUCCUGGCUCGCACACGCCUGGCUCAGCGCAUCAUCAUGGCUGGCACAGUUAUCUGGAUCGGUAUCCUUGUAUAUACCGACCCAGCUGGAAUCCGCACCUACUUGGCUGCACAGGUGUCUGAACAAAGCCCCUUAGGCGACACCGGAGGAGGUGGUCUGCCCCCACACCUGGGAGUGGCCCCAGUUUUUCGAGGUGGGGAUCCUACCAGCACCUUGAGCAUCCAUCGUGCACCAGAUCCAACUCCUUUACCUGAGAACCAAUCGCAGGGACAUCAUGGCCCUCCAAGGGCGGGGCCCAUUCCACAGUCCCCACCCGCUGUACCUCAGAUCACCUGGGGGGAGGAGGAUGAGGAGGGAUGGAGGAGACUGUCCUUCAGGCACUGGCCAUCACUCUUCAGUUACUACAACAUCACUUUAGCAAAAAGGUACAUUAGCAUCUUACCUGUCAUCCCAAUCACUGUUCAUCUGACACCCCAGGAGGCCAUUGACGCACGUCACCCUCAGGACACGAGACACCCUCAACCGCCCAUUCCCAAGAUUUCUGCUGACUUACAGACAGACCUCACCCUCUACAAGGUGGCAGCUCUGGGCCUGGCUGCAGGUGUCCUGCUGGUUCUGCUGCUCUUCUGUCUGUAUCGCGUUCUCUGCCCACGGAACUACGGUCAGAAUGGUGUCCCUCACGGGCGGCGGCGGCGAGGGGACCUGCCCUGUGACGAUUACGGCUAUUCACCACCUGUCAGCGAGAUCUCACCACUGCUGCUGAGGGGCCACAGUAUGGAUAUCGAGUGUUUGGCUAGCGAUGGGAUGCUGUUAGCUAGCUGCUGCCUGGCUGGACAGAUCCGGGUUUGGGACGCACAGACUGGGGACUGCUUGACUGUCAUCCCAAAUCAUGGGCUGAGGCGGAGCAGCAGUAGUGGCUGCUGGGAUCACCGGGAUGGCUGGGACAGCAUGACCGGGGCUCAAGAAUCAGAGUGUUUGAGUCCUGAACGAGACAUCUUGUUUAAUGGAGAUGGGCUGACAGAGGACGAGCUCUACCCAGUAAGACGCCGCACCACGCCCAGUCGUCCCACUCUUUUCAUUGACCAGCCCGAUCUCACCCCGCUCAUUGACACCAACUUCACCUCCCAGCCCCCUUCCCACCUGUCCACCGCACCCAGAGCAGGCUUUGAUUUUGGAGGACUGGUGGAGCGUGCCUACAUGGAGCACGAGCCCCCAUCACCAUCUGCCUACGCCUCUCCGUCCUCAGCCUCCUCCUCGCCGCCAUCAGGCGCUCAACUCCAGAGGAGUCCGAGCUUAGGGGAAGCAGCUACACCUUUAAUCCAAGAAAGAUCCCCGAUGGGUGGGACGCAAGCAGCAGGAGACUGGGAAAGCUCUGUCUGGGCCAUGGAGCUCAGAGGGAAUCUGAUAGCUGCUGGGAGGAGCAGUGGCAAACUGGAGCUGUGGGAUGCAGUGGAAGGGUCGCUACGCUGCAGCAAUGAAGACGGUGUUUCUGGGAUCACAGCUCUGGCCUUUCUCAACAACAGAAUUGUGGCAGCUAGGCUGAAUGGGUCCUUAGAUUUCUUCACUGUUGAGAUAAACAAACCUCUGGGUCUGCUGCAGUACAGAGGUCCCCCUGGGCGAAGCAGCAUGCCUCAGUCUCCCUGUUACAGCAGUGAGGAUGUGAUCAGCUGCCAGCUCACACGCUCCGUACAGUGUGCUCACCAAAAGCCGAUCACGGUGCUGCGUGCAGCUGCCGGUAGGGUCGUCACUGGCAGCCAAGACCACACAGUCCGGGUUUAUCGACUGGAGGACUCUUGCUGCCUCUUUACCCUGCAAGGUCACUCUGGAGGGAUUACAGCCAUCUACAUAGACCAGACAAUGGUUCUAGCAAGCGGUGGGCAGGAUGGCGCCAUCUGCUUGUGGGAUGUCCUGACAGGGAGCCGAGUCAGCCAUGUUUACGGUCACUGUGGUGAUGUCACCUCGCUGGUGUGUACAACCUCUUGUGUCAUCAGCUCAGGACUGGAUGACCUCAUCUGUAUCUGGGACCGCAGCACUGGAAUCAAGCUGUACUCAAUACAGCAGGAGGUGGGAUGCGGGGCCAGUCUGGGUGUGAUCUCGGAGUCUCUGCUGGUGACGGGGGGCCAGGGCUGCGUCUCCUUCUGGGACCUGAACUUCGGUGACCUGCUGCAGACGGUGUACCUGGGUCAGAGCAGCGACGGUCAGGGUGUCCGGCAGCUGCUGGUGCUGGACAACGCCGCCAUCGUUUGCGACUUUGGCAGCGAGCUCAGCUUGGUCUACGUUCCCUCCGUGUUGGAGAAACUGGACUGAGAAGAGCUGGCAGCUGAUAUCAGUGGGAACAGUCAAAGCAUCCAGUUUUUGCUUUGUUUCGUUGCUUCUGGCGUUUGGAUGAUGUGCGAUCAUUAGAUACAAGACUAUCUGUUUUAACAGGGAGGUGUUUUAAAGUCUGAAUAUCAUGAGGAAAAACUGGCCGUUGAACCUACUGCGUUUUAUCAGAGCCAUCUUGCUGACGUUACGUAAGGUCACGAGUUUGGUUAAAGUUGGAUUUUUCUCACUUGAAGAGAGCCCGCCAGUUCUGAGUUUGUGCUUUUUGUGCACGCACAUUUGUUUUUGCAGAUCUGCCCUCUAUGCUGCUCACACAGGGCGGGGGGAGGCUUGUGACCCCACCCACCCAGAGAGGAGGACCAUAGAGCUCCUCUUUGUUUUUUGUUUUCUUUCUUUCUUUUUAAUAUUCCUGCUGUGCCGAGCGCUCAACAGCGAAGUGCAGCCACAGAGAGCUCGACAGGUCCAUCGCCUGCGGGGAUGAAUUGAGCAUGUGCGUGUGUGAGUGUGAGAGAGACUUUGAUUGAAUGAGUUUAGACCCUUUUUAUAGUAAAACUGCUGAGAACAAAAGUUGAUUGGUUAUGUGUGAAGUGUGCGUUUGUGUGAGGGAGAACCAAUGAUUACUGUAUAAAGUAAACCUCCAGUGGGGGCUGUUUUUAUGUCUACAUUUAUUAUUUAUUAGCGAUACUUUUUUUUUUCCCUUUUUGAGUAACAGUUUGUAUAUGAAUGACUAAUCCCAGCUCUUAAAUAAGACCAUAAUAAUGUGGAAAAGGUGACUUAAAUGUAAGAAGGUGUUUAUUUGUUUGGCAGCACUGGGCUUUUGGUUGUUUGUCACAAUGAGGUGGAAACACACGUGUGUUUGUAGAUUUGGAGGCCGCAGGGAGGCAGAAAGGGUUCGUCCUUUACCCCAACCUCGGCCUCUGACUCUGGGGUUACUGAUGCUGUACGAGGGGCUGCUUUUCCCCAGUGUGUUACACCUUCAUCAGGCUACCUCCAUUUUUCAAAUAGCUUGAAUUUUGGAUGACUGAUGUUGCAUUAUUUUUUUUAAAAUACAUUCUGUGCUUUAGAGAUUUUUUUUUUUUUUUUUUUUUUUUUUAAAUAAUCACCGUUUAGCCAUAACUUGUUCACCUGAUAUCAUUUUCAAUCCACGAUCUUUAAUUCAAGCCACAAAGGGUGACAAAACCUUGUCUACUACAUAGAUCACGUUAGAUAGACUGUGUGUAUAUUUUUAGUUUUUGGUAUGUUGUUGAUGCACACUUAAGUAGAGUUUGUCCUGAAACUUGUUCUCUUCUUUCAGCGACCAGGUGGUAAAAAUGUGAAGGAAGGUAACAGUGAAUGCAUCAUUUCCCUAAUUUUGCAUAAUAGUACAUUUUAAAACAGUUUGCAGUAUUGAUGUUGGAUAUUUCACAUCAGGAAUGGGUUUCAGAUGUAACCUUUUGAAAACUUGGACCUGAUACAUGUGACACACUGUUCAGAUGAUCUUUUCCUGAAAAACGCACAGUAUUAUAUCACGCAUUUUAAUGUCUUUUUAAUUGGACUAAAUAGGAAAUUUCAGUAGUAUUUUCAGUCAGUUUUUCCACUGUUAGUCAUAUGGUUGCUCUCUGUCAGGUAUGAAUGUUUUCACAAACAGUUGCUAGACGCCUUAAGAAACCAGACAAAAACAAUGCAUGUCAAUCAUUGUUUUGAGUAGCGUGUAUAAUAUGAAGCUUCUGUCUGAACAUCGAGUUAAGAGCCUGUUGUCUCAAUUUGUAGUUUCAAAGAAGUCUGAGUGGGCAGCAGAACUAUUUUACCUAUCCUGUUAAAAUAUAACUCUGGCUCAUUAACUAGUUUCAGUUAUGUUUAAUCAUAAUAAUCAACUACUAUUACUUUUAAAAAGUCCCUCCAUUUUUCACUUUUAUUCAGCUGAACAGGAAUAGCGGUUUGACAACCAGUGUGUUUAAAAUGCAGUUGAAUUCAGUUUCCACUUGCAGAAGUAGCAGCUUUCCACAUUCGUUUGAUUCCCUGUAGAGUGUUUAAACAAUGACACAUCAUAGACAGUUGAUGGUUAUGGAGAAACCUGAAGGUAAAAGGAAAAAAAAAAAGUUUUUUAGGUCCUUAAAGUCUGAACUUUUGUACUUAUUCUGCACACAGGGUGAAAAUCCUGUCAAUACUGAAACUGUUAAAUUCUUAAACCCAACAAGCCAAGUAUUUAUGAAAGCAAUGCAUUUUUCAACAUUUAACCCCUUCGUUUUUGAGUCGGUGCCUGAACUUCACCUUUUUACUCUGGGUAGAAAGAAUGCAAUCCUGCAGGUUAGAGAUUUUUCUCUGACGCCAACAACAUCCAGAAUGUCCAGAAUGUAUUUUCUCCCAGUCGUCAUCUGUUGUUUCUGUCUGUAUCUACUGAAUGUCGUCUCAGAAAAUCCGUUAAAAGACCUGCACCUGAUCCCUGCGGUCACAACACUAACUCCUUUCAUCUCUAACCCUCUCUGUUGUACAAGCUCACACACAUUUUUAGGCACUUUGUUUUUGCAAUUUCAGCUUGUAUGCAGGAGAGUCGGAUGUAACUGGACUUAAAGUUCACACCUGCAGCGCUGUUAAACACGCACGUGACAUAUAGACUGCAGCGCUUGUUCCUCUCGGAUGCAGCGACCAGAGUUUCUUUUCCAGAAACAAGCAGAUGAUUAUCGUAUGACUUUUACAACUGUAGCAUCAGUAUUCACAUUUCAACUUCUGAGACGAAUGGCACCUCCAUCACAGAGGCCAGUAAUGUGAUCUUGCUGCUGUGGCUGUUGAUUUAUUAGCUUUGUGGUUUCUGUUUAGUUGAAAGCUUUAGAAAUGGGGAAUGUUUUGUUUUUUUUUAGAUUUCAGUUUCACAUGUGUUUUCUAGAAAUGUGAAUUAAAGCUCAAGUUUGAUAUUUUGGGAAACUGUAUUUGCUUUCUUGCAGAGUUACAUACUGACGAAUGUACACGGUGACUGUGUUAGCAACUCCAGUUAACUCUGCUUGCUGUUUUGUGGUUCCGAGAAGUUGGUCUGAAAACUGCAGCACUGAAAUGUCAAGGAGUUACUCUAUAUUCAAAGAAACUGUCAGAGCUAAAACGGCCUAUUUAUUGUGCUAUUCGGUGAUCACAAGGGCUCUAUGAUGAGGACAUUUUAUAGUGUUGUAAAACAGAAAUCUUACAUUUCUAAAACAGGUGAGAAAUUGCCAAGUGUAGUGUUGCAGGCACAGUUCUUCAGAAAUGUGACCCUGAUUCUGUCAUGCUUUAGUUUAUCUGUCCAUGAUCAUUUUCAUGUGCAGAUAGUUUCCUUUAACCGUGUUUUCCAAAAAUCAAAGUCAAAAGGUCGAGAAAUUAUAUAUAAGAAAGAUGAGAACUUGUGCCGUGUUACUCAAACCAAAAAGUUUGCGGCAGCAUCAGUUUCCUCUGCCAGUAAGCGUGUACGCACGUUUUCCAAAAUGUCAAAUGAUUCCUUUAAAGUUGAAGGGUGGGAAGGUGGGUUGGUGUGGCGAUUGAGUUGAGUCACUGCUUUUUCUGAAUGUUUCUGUUUAUAAAGAUGAAACUAUGCCUUUAAUUUUACAUUGCUUCAUACCUUUCCAUCUCGUUGCAGCCGUCACGGCACCAUAUCAAGAGUUUGGAUGCAGCAGCGACCUUUUUAA